AUGCCCCGCCGAGCACCACCCCGUGACUACGACGAAGAUGAAUUCUACGAAAUGGAACGAGAGCGUGAGCGAGACCACAGGCCGCGCCGACGAGAUCGCGACUACGAGGAAGAUAUCGAAUAUCGUCGCCGAAGGUCCGAACCCCUAGUCGAGGAUAUGGAGCGUAUGCACAUCCGAGAACGUCCCAGGCGAGACUUUAUGGAAGAGAGCUUUGCGCCACCGCGAGAGCGGGAUGAUGUGGUUUACAUGCGGUCAAGGGAGGAGGUAGACAUGGUCUCCCCUGAGCGAUACAUGCCUCUAGACCGCGAUGAUGCAUACAUGCGGCCGUCUGGGUCUCGGCGUAGACCUCGUCCUCAUGAAGUAGACGAGGAGGAUUUUGUUCUUGAGGAACGAGAGAGACGCCGGGGUAGUCGACGUCAUCCGCGAGAAGUUGACGAGGAUUUGGUUUUCGAGGAGAGAGAAAGUCGUGGAGAUAGGAGGCAUCGCCCUGAAAGAGAGCGAGAAGUUGAAAGCGAUCUUUUCAUCGAUGAAAAAGAAAGGCGUGGGCAUAGGAGGCAUCGUCCUGAAAGAGAGCGAAAAGUCGAAAGCGAUCCAUUCAUCGACGAAAAAGAAAGGCGUCGAGAUAGAAGACACCGCCCGGAGCCAGUCUCCGAAGAGGAUCUUCUGUUCGAGGAAAGAUUAAGAAAAAGAGACAGUGGUAGGAGGCGUCGUUCAGAUCUAGAAUUCGAGGAGGACGAAGGAUUCAUCGUUGAACGGGAAAGACGCCGAGGAAGUAGGCGCCAUCCUCGGGAAUUUGAAGAGGAGGGUUUGAUUAUUGAAGACAGAGAAGUACACAGGGGGAGCAGACGUCACCCAGAACGAAGGUCUGAGGACGAUCUUCUCUACGAGGAGAGAGAAAAACGCCAUCGCAGGCGACGCCCAGAAAGUGAGUCGGAAGAAGACCUCUUAGUUGAAGGGCGGGGAAAACAUGGAGGAAGAAGACACCGCCCAGAGCGCGAAUUCGAGGAAGAGGAACGGGUAAUCCGGCGGAAAGAAAAGGAAGAGCCUCCUUUACGUCGCGGGUGGGACAGUGAACUCGAUAUUCGAUCGCGUGAAAGGAGAUUGGAGUUUGAGGAAAAAGAACCAUACCAUCGAUCAAGGCCACGGCCUCCGCCUCCCCACACAGUCGAGGUGGAAGAGGUCCUCCUUGACAAUGCACCUCCAGAGCGACGCCGAGCCCCGGUCGACCGUGUUGAUGAGGAGGAAAUAGUUACACGCGGCCGUGAAAGACGACGCAGCGUACCUUCCGAGGAUCUCGAACGCGAAUUAAGAGGUCUUCGGCGAGGAGGUAGGGAACAGAUCCCACUGGACGAAGAGCUUAGUGAGCGCUCGCAGUUUGACUCCAAGUCACGCUCCCGCGACUUUGAGAAGAUUAAGGAAGAGAUCAGUAUUCGGAAAUCAAAGGACAAGCUCUCAUCUCGCCAGCCGUCGCCUUCUUUGGAUUCGAUACAUGUACCCCCAAUCCACCAAGACGUGUUUACUCACCAUAGGCACAUUGACCAUGGCUUUAAAGACGCCCGUACACCUCGUGUGCGCAGUCCGGAACCGCGGUCCCGGAGAGGUAGCUUUGAUGAGAUUGAUAUUCAACAUCGAAAAAUGCGAGGUGGACGAAUGUCAGAGGAAAACAUAGUCCUCAAACACCGUGAUAGUGAAGAGUCUCUUACUCCAGAAGACUCAAUAUCUCCGACCAGCGGCCCAGCUGUCGAUUUCAACGACCCGUGGGAGCGAGAAACAAUAUCCGCAACUCGUCAUCGACCUGGGCCACUGGAAGAGGAGAGCGAGUUGGCUUACAGCCAUGGAACAAGCGACACUUCUUCCAUGCGCGAUGUGGAGGAUGAUAUAAUGUUCAAGAGCACCCGGAUAGUAAACAAGGCCCCCAGAGGCACGGACGACUGGUCUGUGGUACAUGCUCCAUCUCCCGACGAAGCCAUUGAAAUGACCGGGGCUCUGGACAUUGUUGAGGUUAAACCGCGAAAUACGUCAGUGGGUGAAGCGGAAAUGGGACGAAUUGCUCAGCAGGUCACCGAUCCGGAGGAGACGCGAAAUGAUCGGUGGACGGAAAUAGCGAAGAAGUUGGUAGUGAGGGAAGCUAUUGAGCAGAUGGGAUUUGAGUAUGAAGAGACGAGGACAUGCUACUACAUCUUCUCGUACCUAGAAUCGGAGGACAUCGAUGAGCUUGUUGAAUUGUCCGAUGAGAUCCGAAGUGCUCGUCGCAAACGCAUCCGUGACAUCCAGCGGGAGAGGGCCUCUAUGCCUGAUAUUAUGCCCCGUAUGAGACCUCAUAUGGGAAUGCCUCCACGAGCACGGAUGAUGGAGAAGCGCAUGCGAGAUAUUCAAGAUCGAGAAUGGAUGCAUUCUCGGCGCCUCCACGUGAUCAAUAUGUCGCACGCAUCCGCAUCAGGUAGUACAGUCCCCUCUGGCUCGGAGCUAGGCCGCCUCCCCUCUGGAAGUUCCUUGGGGCUAGGUCGCUCCCCCACGGUUGUUCGCGCGAAUGAUGAGAAUUUCAAUAUCCCGUCUGAGAAGCGCAAAGGCAUCAUUCGCCAGCUCAAGAAAGCUCUACUGGGACAAGAAGUGCCCUCGCCACUCUGGGCCGUCUUACAGGUGUGCGACAUCGAGAAGCUCGAGUGUAUUCUGCAGCUCGCCCACUUCUCAUUGAAGAUCAUGGAUGCUAUUUGCGACCUAAUUUGUACCCUUCCAUUUAAAUGGACGGUGACACCAGCUCCCUCUCAACAGAUAGGAGCAGGGCGCCCACAUUCUAGUUUCAGCCCGCGGUCACGCGCUCCCCCAGUUGCAAUCUAUGCCGCCAGAGAACGAGAUGGACACAAGUGUGUCAUCACAGGUACCCGCAAGAUUUACCAAACUGCUCCGAUCUUCCCAGCGAGCUCAAUCAGCUCCAGCUUGCAAGAUGAUCCGCUUUCUCCUAACAUCUGGAGGUUCGCGGAUGUGUUCUGGGGAAAAGAUAGAGCCGAAAGAUGGAAAAAGGCUGUUUUCAAGAAGCCAACCCAGCCUGAAAGUGCUGUCAAUGAUUGCACUAAUCUGAUCUGUCUUCGGAGAGACCUUCGGUCUGCAUGGUCAAGUGGUUUGUUCGCCCUGCGUCCCGUCUGGAUCUCCGAUGAUAUGACCGAAAUUGAAAUUGAGUUCUAUUGGCAGCCGAGGCCAGACCACAGGCUUUACGACAUGGUUGAUUUAACCAAGGAGCCCAUCUCUACCAAGAAACUCAACAGCGUGGAUCGACUGCACGUGAUGUUGGGAAAGCGAGAUGAACCAACAUACCAUGCCAUUGAGUCUGGCCACCGCUUCAAAAUGACAACCGACGACCCUGUCAAGCGACCGCUUCCGAGUUUCGACUUGCUGGACAUGCAGUGGCAUUUCACUCGACUGGUCGGCUUGUGCGCUGCCGGCAGUUUCUUCGAUGAAGAUAGUGAGGAGGAUAACGACGCCAAAUCAGACAUUACUACCCAACUGGACCAGCCUUCCACUCCGCCAAACGACGACGUUCUGGCUUGGGUUGAAUCUUCUUUGAAUGAUUUCGAUUCCCCUCCUGGCUCAGAAUACGUAGAGGAUAUCGGCGCAUCGAUGAUUAGCCCUCUGCCAGGGUCCGACACCAACCGUUCGCGCAGUGUUAGCCAGACUUCGAAGAGUUCCGAGAAGUCAGCGGACCCAGCGGAUUCGGAGGCUUCAGACAGCAUGGAAAGUUCAACCAGCGCAACUGAUGUGGUCUCCGGAACUAGUCAUCUAUCUCUUGACUUCAAACAGGAGAGUUAA